CCUGGCGUUGGUGUCUUCCCUCUCCCCAGGCUAACUGAAGUUUCAAGGUCAAGGGGCUCAUCAGCCAGUAAGACCAGGGGAAUGGGGAGACCCAGUGCAGGGGAAGGCGGGGGGUGGGGGGUGCACAUGCCCAAGCCUAGGUUGGUGAGGCAAGAGAAACGAGUCAAGUCGUCUCUAGCUGGACUCCCAGAAAGGAGUGUGUGGGCUGCCUCGGUCCACUUCUCUGCUUGUUUUUGUCAUAUUCUCCACCCUUCACUUCUGAGUCAUGCUGUCAACUUCCUUCUGUGCCUCUUGACCAGAGCUGCUCACUCACUUCCUGGCCUCUUGGUCCAGGUGUCCCUGAGCAGCUCAGGGGCUCGUGAGCAGUGCCUGACUGUCCAGCCAUGGCCAACACCGGGACGUCCCUUUUCCUGUUGACGGCAUUGGGGUCCUCUGUCUGCUUCAACGUGGACACGGACACGCCGACAAUCUUCUCCAUGGACGGGGCUGGGUUCGGACACAGCGUGGCCCAGUACUCCAACUCCAGGGUGGUGGUUGGAGCCCCCCAGGAGAUAAGGGCUACCGACCAAACAGGCGGUCUCUACCAGUGUGACUACAGAACGGGCACCUGUGAGCCCAUCCACCUGCAGGUCCCCCGGGAGGCUGUGAACAUGUCGCUGGGCCUGUCCCUGACAGCUGCCACCAAACCCUUUCAGCUGCUGGCCUGUGGCCCUACUGUGCAUCAGACAUGCAGGGAGAACGUGUACUUGACCGGGUUCUGCUUCUUCCUGGUCCCCCGCUCCUGGCAGCCCCAGAAGCUCCCUUCUGCCCUGCAGGAGUGCCCGAGGCAGGAGCAGGACAUCGUGUUCCUGAUUGACGGCUCAGGGAGCAUCAACUUUCGUGACUUCGCCAAGAUGCUGACCUUCGUCAAGGCCGUGAUGAGCCAGUUCCAGAGACCCAGCGCCCAGUUCUCCCUGAUGCAGUUCUCUGACCGAUUCCGGGAGCACUUCACGUUCAAAGAGUUCAUGGACAGCUCAGACCCACUAGGCCUGCUGGAUUCCGUGUACCAGCUGAGAGGAUACACUCACACGGCCACAGCCAUCCAGAGGGCCACAAAAGUGCUGUUCAGUGCCUUAAAAGGGGCCCGAAAGGAUGCCUCAAAGAUUCUCAUCGUCAUCACCGACGGAGAGAAGACCGGCGACCACCUGAGUUAUGCUGACGUCAUCCCCCGGGCGGAGGCGGCUGGCGUCCUCCGUUACGCGGUCGGGGUGGGGUCGGCUUUUCAGAACAGAGUUUCCUGGAAAGAAUUAAUUGACAUCGCAUCGCGCCCUUCCCAAGAGUAUAUAUUUCAAGUGGAGAACUUCGAUGCUUUGAGAGACAUUCAGAACCAACUGAAAGAGAAGAUCUUCGCCAUUGAGGGUACGAAGACCUCAAGAAGCAGUUCCUUCGAGUUGGAGAUGUCCCAGGAGGGCUUUAGCGCUGUGCUCACACCUGAUGGACCCGUUUUGGGGGCUGUGGGGAGCUUCGGCUGGUCUGGAGGGGCCUUCCUGUACCCCCCAAAUGCAAACCCCACCUUCAUCAACAUGUCUCAGGAGCAUGAGGACAUGAGGGACUCUUACCUGGGUUACGCCACCGAACUGGCGCUCUGGAAGGGGGUACAGAGCCUGGUCCUGGGAGCCCCCCGCCAUCAGCACACUGGGAAGGUGGUCAUCUUCACCCAGGCGUCCAGGCAAUGGAAGCCGAAGGCUGAAGUCACAGGGACCCAGAUCGGCUCCUACUUUGGGGCCUCCCUCUGCUCCGUGGACGUGGACAGAGAUGGCAGCUCCGACCUGGUCCUCAUCGGGGCUCCCCAUUACUAUGAGCUGACUCGGGGGGGCCAGGUGUCUGUGUGCCCCUUGCCCCGGGGGAGGGCUAAGUGGCAGUGUGACGUCAUUCUCCGUGGGGAGCAGGGCCACCCCUGGGGCCGCUUUGGGGCAGCCCUGACCGUGCUGGGGGACGUGAAUGGGGACAGGCUGACCGAUGUGGCCAUCGGGGCCCCGGGGGAGCAGGAGAACUCAGGUGCUGUCUACCUGUUCCGUGGAGCCACAGGUCUGGGCAUCAGCCCCUCCCACAGCCAGAGGAUUGCAGGCUCCCAGCUGUCCCCCAGGCUCCAGUAUUUUGGGCAGUCACUGAGCGGGGGUCAGGACCUCACAAUGGACAGACUGGUGGACCUGGCCGUGGGGGCCCGGGGGCACGCACUGCUGCUCAGGACCAGGCCUGUGCUCUGGGUGCAUGCAAGCAUUCGCACCUCGCCGACAGAGAUUUCUAGGUCCAUGUCUGAGUGUCGGGAGCAGACGCCCUCUUUCCAGACACUGGGUGAUGCCACUGUUUGCCUUCAUGUUUAUGAAAGUACCAAGACCCAGCUGGGUAACCUCGAAAGCUCUGUGACCUUUGACCUGACCCUCGAUCCUGGCCGCCUGAGUCCCCGUGCCAUCUUCAAGGAGACCAGGGCUCGGUACCUGACUCGCACUCUAGACCUUGGGCUGAGACAGCACUGUGAGGACGUGGCGUUGCUCCUCUCGGCCUGUGUGGAGGACUCUGUGACCCCCGUCAUCUUGCGUCUCAAUUUCUCCCUGGUGGGCAAGCCCAUCCUUUCGUUUGGGAACCUCCAGCCGAUGCUGGAUGUGGAUGCCCCCAGAUACUUCACGACCUCUCUCCCCUUUGAGAAGAACUGUGGAGCCGACCACGUCUGCCAGGACGACCUUGGCAUCUCCUUUGGCCGCUCAGGCUUGAAGUCCCUGGUAGUGGGGACUCACCUAGAGCUGACCACGGAGGUGACACUGUGUAAUGAUGGCGAGGACUCGUAUGGAACCACAGUCACCUUCUCCUAUCCACUGGGGCUGUCUUAUCGACGAGUUGCAGGAAGCCAGAACCAAGGGCAGUUGCGCUCCCUGCCCCUGACCUGCGACAGCUCCUCUGCGGGGAGCCAGGGAGCGCGGAGCACCCACUGCAGCAUCAAACACGUCAUCUUCCGCGAGGGGGCCCAGAUCACCUUCACAGCCACCUUUGACGUCUCCCCCAAGGCCGAGCUGGGAGACCGGCUGCGUCUGACGGCCAAUGUGAGUAGUGAGAAUAAUUCCCCCAGAACCAGCAAGAGCACCUCCCAGCUGGAGCUCCCUGUGAAGUAUGCCAUCUACGUGGUGAUCAGCAGCCAUGAAGAGUCCACCAAGUAUGUCAACUUCUCAGCCUCGGAGGAGAAAGAAAGCAGCGUGGCCCAGCACAGAUACCAGGUCAACAACCUGGGGUCCAGGGAUCUGCCUGUCAGCAUCAACUUCCUGGUUCCUACGGAGCUGAACCAGGUGCCUGUGUGGACAGACAUCGAGGUCUCCCACCCCCAGAACCCGUCGAUUCAGUGCUCUUCACAGAGAACAGCGCCCACAGAGUCCAACUUCCUGACCCACAUUCAGGAGAACCGUGUGCUGAACUGCUCCAUCGCUGACUGCCUGAGGUUCCGCUGUGACGUCCCCUCCUUCGGCAUCCAGGAGGAACUUGACUUCAUCCUGAAGGGCAACCUCAGCUUCGGCUGGGUCAGCCAGACACUGCAGAAGAAGGUCUUGGUGGUGAGUGUGGCUGAAAUCACGUUCGACACAUCUGUGUAUUCCCAGUUCCCAGGACAGGAGGCGUUUUUGAGAGCCCAGAUGGGGACGGUGCUAGAGGAGUACGCGAUCCAUAACCCGGUGCCCCUCAUCGUGGGCAGCUCUGUGGGGGGCCUGCUGUUGCUGGCUCUCAUCACGGCCACACUGUACAAGGUUGGCUUCUUCAAACGUCAGUACAAGGAAAUGAUGGAGGAAGCAAAUGGACAGACUGCCCCAGAAAAUGCAACACCAAAUCCCCAAGUUGCCCAAUAAGAAACUACCUCCUGUUCUCUUUGGGACCAGCUCUCCCCUGAGAGGUUUCCUGGCCCUUUUCUUCUCACCCAGGUCAGAUCUGAGGGGGAAGAAAUGUUCCACAGGAGGGAGGCUGGGAACAGGCUCCUUUCUCUCUUUGGGAGAGUACCGUUUACUUGCACAAAGUGUUUUGCUUGAGAAGCGCCAUGUGUCUUGUCACGGCUCCAUCUGGAAACCCCAGGAUGGGAUCCUGGCCACGUCCCCAAAGGACUUGACUUGGAAUUCUACCUAGACGUACACACACAAUAUCCUCAAUCUCCAGUGUCCCUUCCUCCACGAGCCGCCAGUGAUCUUUCCAAAAUACACCACUGGGCGAGAUCCUCAUCCUCACCCACCUUCAGUGACUCCCCAUGGUUCGUAUGAUAACUUCGGAACUUGUUCAGCUGGAUAUUAGGAAUCCAGUUCUGUUUUCAGAAGAUGGGCUUUAUCUCCCUCUGUCUCCCUCAUUUCAGUAAAAUACUGUUAGGAUCAGUUCUUAGCUUUGUCUUGGGAAUCUUAGUCCAGAUUUCCCAAAUGGAGUUGGGAAUGAAAUGCCUGCACCCUGGACUUUGUAAACGUGGCCUCCAGGAUUGGUCACCAGUGCAGGCUAUGAGGGAAGGCCCCCCCGCUGGGAGGGGCAUCGGCCCAAUGCCACUUGGGCUCACUCAGCUCCAGGGUCUCUUAGCAAAAGAGGUUCAGGCCACUCCCACUUUUUGAGGCUUUAAAUAUAUAAAUGAAUAAAUGCCAGAACAUGGUUAU